AACCUUUGCCUCGUCGCUGUUGCAUGUCCUUCUCCACAUUUCUCGCGCAGACGGCGUACUUUGGCGACAUUGCAGACGUCGUGGAACACUUUGCCAACAUGGGGCUCCACAUCAGUCCGCACUACAAUCCUGCCGACUUCAUCAUGGAACAGGUGAAGGGACCGAGCGAGAUUCAACGUCGGCUCAUCCUAGCAUCUAAAGAGCUUGGAUCAUCUCGACGAAAAUGGGACCAGAGAUCAGAUUCCAUAGAAGAGGGAGCGGAAGACUCAGGGUGGCUGAAGGGGACAUGUGACGUCACGGAGGAAUCCACCCACGACGAGGCGGAGCUCCGCGUCGUCAUCGACCCGGACAAGAAAGCCCCAGCGGUCUACACGAAAAUCGAAGGCGACGAAGGAGACAGCGGGCGAAGUUCCUGGUCGGAGGACUCCGCGAGCCACGCCUCGACGGCGACCUCGACGGCCCAGGACGACUGGUCGUGCUCUCGCGAUCCGAAGUGGCCGACGUCCUUCUGGACUCAGUUCAAGGUGCUGACGAAGAGGAACUUCGCGGAGGCGAGGCCACGGAUGCUCUCCACUCUGAACUGGGCGCAGACCAUCGCGCUGGGGAUCGUGGCGGGACUCAUCUGGUUCCAGGUGGAGCGGAAGGAGGAGGCAUUGGGUGACAUCCGCGGCUGGAUGUUCUUCUCGUCCACUUACUGGAUGCUGUUCGCUCUCUUCGAAGCUCUCGCCUCCUGUACGUUUCGGACUGGAAUGUCGAGUGCUUUUUCUUGCCGAGAGAGGCUGGGGUGA